CUCUGAAUGGCCAUUGGAAGUGUCAAUAACGAUUCGGGUCAAACGACAGGCUCAGCAAGCAGGAUAGGUUGGAAACCCAAUGGUGAAGCUUGCCCAUUGGAUGAGAAGUGGCUACGUUUGUAUUUUAUACAAAGGUUCUGGAUCGGGAAGAUCUUUUGGGAGACCAAGUGCAGAAUCGGUGGCCAACAGGCAAUUCUCAAACAUUCCAUCGCCACCUUUGUGGGUUGUUAACAACAUGGCUUCAUCCAAAUCUUCAUUUCAUCCUCAAACCUACCACAAUUUUUUGGUUUUGGACUUUGAAGCGACAUGCGAAAAACAACUGAUACACCCACAGGAAAUUAUUGAAUUCCCAAUCCUAAAGUUACAUGGCAGGACCAUGGAGAUUGAAUCUAUUUUUCAUACGUAUGUUCAACCAGUUGUACAUCCAAUGCUGACACCAUUUUGCACAGAGCUCACAGGCAUUGAGCAGUUGAAGGUAGAUGGGAAACCGACAUUGCCGGAAGUCCUUCAGAUGGUUGAUGACUGGAUGAGAGAAAAUGGUUUAUUGGAUCCCAAAGUCAAUUCCAUAUUUGUAACGUGUGGAGAUUGGGAUUUAAAAACAAUGCUGCCAGGACAAUGCCAGUACUUGGGUCUGCCAGUUCCUGAUUACUUCAAGAAGUGGAUUAAUCUCAAAAAGGCGUAUAGUUUUGCCAUGGGAAGUUAUCCAGCGAAUGGACUGCCAUUCAUGAUCAAUGGAUUGAAUUUGCAACACAUUGGGAAACUUCAUAGUGGGAUUGAUGACUGCAAGAAUAUUGCCAACAUAUUGAAGGAACUAGCACGAAGAGGGUUCACUUUCAAACAAACUGGAUCCACCUAUUGAAAAACAACAGCUCGUUGCUUUGGAAAAGGCCACGAAGAUAUCUGGGAAAAGCUGUUCAAUCGCAUGUGGCAUGUCAUCUAUUGUCAAAAACUAAGCUAGUUUCAUUAUACCAGAAUGAUUGCAUUUAAUUAUAUUAAUAUCACACUAGAUAUAUAUUGCCUAAUAAGGUGUAUAGUUCUGUCACUAAGUUGUAUAACAUACCUUCCUUUUUAUUUGAAAACUUAAUCCUAUCCUUUACCUCACAAAGAAAAGAUUAUUUUUACAAAUUAUCAAUAAGGGGAAAUGAUUUUGUUUAAACUCCAUCUCACCUGUUUUUUCCUGUAGAAUUGUGAUAUACAGUGUCCUCCAUAAUGUUUGGGACAAAGACCCAUCAUUUAUUUAUUUGCCUCUGCACUCCACAAUUUGAGAUUUGUAACAGAAAAAAAUCACAUGUGGUUAAAGUUU